AUGGAAGGUGAAGCACAAUAUUUUAGGAAGUAUCAAGAUGAGAGGGCCGAAGUCUAGAGAGUUUUAUCACUAGGAGAUGAAUAUAAUUUUGAGAAAGCCAAAGAUUUAUGUUUUGCAGAAUUGAGACAAUAUCAAGAGAUUAGAUAAGAAGAAUAUAUUCAAGAAUUGGAUUUCCAAUAAAUAAGAAUAAUACGCAUUGGUAUUCAUAUUAUUUAUACAGAAAAUUUAAUAACGUUAUUUGAUUCUUUGUUGAGAAGAAAGCUUAAAAAUGAUGAUGCUCUAAUUAAAAUUAUUAAAACUUUAGAAUAGCAAUUAUAUAUCGAUCUGAAAUCUUUAUUCUAACCAUUAUCCAAUAGACUUAGUAUAGUUUUGGGCCGGUAUUACUCCUUUGAGAGAAUUUGA